AUGGGAGAACGAAAAGGUCAGAAUUUCUACUAUCCGCCGGAUUUUGACUACAAGAAGCAUAAAAGCUUAAAUCAUUACCAUGGAACUCAUGCAUUACGCGAGCGAGCAAAGAAAAUCUCGCAAGGAAUUCUCGUUAUAAGG